UCUUAACUUUGCAAAAUUUCAGAAUGAGUGGAAGCUUCCCCAGUUGUCAGGAUGGCCGAGCGGUCUAAGGCGCCAGACUCAAGGAUCAGCUCCUUCCUGAGGACAGGGACUUCUGGUCUCCAAAUGGAGGCGUGGGUUCAAAUCCCACUCCUGACACAGUUUUUAACCUCCCUUCGAUUCUUCCCUGUUGUCUGGAAAAUUGCCGAUAGACACACUUUCUGUUUCUGUGUGAAACAACCCUCCUUCUCUCCGCCGGUGGGCAGGCGAGCCGUUUCCACAUCAGAGCAGAGAAGAGUCGUCACACGGAUGAAAAACAGUUCAACUUCUCUUUUGUUUCACUCCGCUCUCCCCUCGCUGCGUCUCGGCGGCUCAAACUUCUCUCACUCGUGUUUCUCAACGCGUAAAAACUUCGGAGAGCAGCCUGCCCUCCCCUCCUCCCUCUCCCUGCGCGCGUAAUUAGUUGGAGAGCGUUUGGAAACUUGUGAUGGCCGUGAAGAAAUCUCACUUUAUUUCUGACACCUGUUGCUGAGGACACCGCGCACACAGGCGUACACAACGAGGAGCGCUUGCCACUGCUUUCUGACUUUAUUUUAACACUUCUACGUGACAUGUUGGGUCUUUUGGGGCACUGACAGCCGGAGACUGUACUUCUGUACGGUCUCAUAAAUCGACUUUUUGUGACUCGUACAAGAACUUUCGUGUGGUGCUCUGUGAAGGUGAUCGAGCAGUGACAUGAAGGACGUCUAAUGUGUCCACAAAGUGACACUUGGGAAGAAUUUGUAUCUGUAUCACACAGCGAUCGCUCUGCAGCCAGCUGCUGCGGGAUCUGAAGGGUUUUCCUUUCAAUAAAAACACCGAUCUGUGUGUAGUUUCCCAGCCGGGCAGACAGUCACACUUUCCUGACUUGAGAGUUUCGCAUGGUCGGAGGAGAAACUUCUCCUGGAGAGCUGGGCAACAACUGGAUUCGAACAGACCAGCAGAGCACUUUCCCCAGCUGUGUGGAGGUGACGCGGCGGACCAUGGACAACAGGCCUGUCCGGAGAAGGCGAACUGGUGCCGUGCGACAUCUGCUGCUGGCUGCCGCCUUCCUCGCCUGCAGCUCCCAACUGGUGGUGGUGGAUGCCAACUCAUGGUGGUCACUAGCUCUGACCCCGAUCCAGCGGCCAGAGAUGUACAUCAUUGGAGCUCAGCCUCUCUGCAGCCAGCUGUCUGGUCUCUCCCAGGGCCAGAGGAAGCUGUGCCAGCUGUACCAGGACCACAUGACCUACAUCGGAGACGGUGCCAAGACGGGCAUCAAGGAGUGCCAGUACCAGUUUAGACAGAGGAGGUGGAACUGCAGCACUGUGGACAACACAUCUGUGUUUGGACGGGUCAUGCAGAUUGGCUCCAGGGAAACAGCCUUCACUUACUCCAUCAGCGCGGCCGGCGUUGUCAACGCCAUCAGCCGGGCCUGCCGUGAGGGCGAGCUCUCCACCUGCGGCUGCAGCCGUUCUGCUCGACCCCGUGACCUGCCACGCGAUUGGCUGUGGGGCGGUUGCGGCGACAACGUACAUUAUGGCUACCGAUUUGCCCGGGAGUUUGUGGACGCCAGGGAGAGAGAGAAGAAUUACCCGCGUGGUUCUGCUGAGCACGCCCGAACACUGAUGAACCUGCAGAAUAAUGAAGCUGGGAGACAGGCAGUCUAUAACCUCGCAAAUGUUGCCUGUAAGUGUCACGGCGUCUCAGGUUCCUGCAGUCUGAAGACCUGUUGGCUCCAGCUGGCCGACUUCAGACGUGUUGGAGAGUUCCUGAAGGAGAAAUAUGACAGCGCGGCCGCCAUGCGCAUUGGACGCAAGGGCAAGCUGGAGCUGGUAGACAAGCGCUUCAACACCCCGACCCCGGAGGACCUGGUCUACAUUGACCCCAGCCCCGACUACUGUCUCCGCAACGAGACCACGGGCUCGCUGGGCACGCAGGGCCGCCUCUGCAACAAAACCUCGGAGGGCAUGGACGGCUGCGAGCUCAUGUGCUGCGGCAGAGGCUACGACCAGUUCAAGAUCUACAAGCACGAGCGCUGCCACUGCAAGUUCCACUGGUGCUGCUACGUCAAGUGCAAACGCUGCUCGACGCUCGUGGACCAAUUUGUGUGCAAAUAGCACGCUGACAGAUGACAGACGGUUGGAAGGGGAUGAAAAAGGAGGCGAGGAAAAGAAGAUAAAGAGGGAGGAGGUGACGGGAUGAUGGGGGGUGAAGGAAAGAAUUAAUUUUCAGGGUUUUGUUCAGGCUACGCUAAGACACACAAGUUCCAUUUUCUGACCAGUUUCAUCUCCACUCCAUUUAUAUCUUUUAUCUAUUUAUAUCGCCUGCCUUUUCACGAGCAAAAGCUGCAUAACACCUAUGUGGACGGUUUUUUGCACAAUGAUGGAUAGAUAGAUAGGUAAGAAGAACAAAUGGAUGCAAGUAGGAAUGUGAUUUCUUUCUUGCUUUUUGGACAACUCUGACUUUUAUUUUUCUCACCACUCCAUCAUCACUUUCUGCUGUCCUGUAUAAUUAUCCUGAUCACAACCCUGAAGGAAAGAGGGAUGUAAAGAAGGAAAGACAAACAAAAUGGAUGAACAAAAAAGGACAUCAAGGAUUAACGGACCUAGGAAGUGGAACAACUGGAUCCUAAAAAGGGGCCACAUACGACUAGUGUGAUGUAUGUGAUAACAAAGUUAUACGAGAUGAAAUAAAUAUAUAAUUAAAUAAUAAAUAAACAUACAACUCUGAUUGUUAUUUAAAGAGACUCAAACAAACCUAAGGCCCAGUUUGGACCCAUUAAACUCUGUUCAUGUGUUCGGGAAUCAUUACAAUCAUCAUGGAAUUUGAAGCCAUGUGAGUGCUGAACGGUGUCGCCGUGUCUCUUUCAAAGAACGUUUGACCUUUAAUCCUGCUAGAGUUGCGCUGACGUUGCUCCACACACUGUACAGAGAACACCAGAAAUGCAGAAAAGUCCAGACUGAAACAGGCAGAUGAGAGCGGGUAGGAGAGGAAUCACUUUUUGGCGGAGCAAAACGGAAAGAGGGUGAUUGGAGGGGAUAGAGAAAGAAGGACAAAGUUAAAUGAACUGAGGACUCAUUUUGCAACAAAAUGCAGGACACACUUUCACAAGCCACACAGCUGAUUGGGAAACUCAAGCACGGGAAUUUCCAGCAGUAGAUUUCUUAUUAGAAAAUGUAUUAAAGUUCAGUAAAAACACUUAAUCUUCAAGUCAAAAAGGACUAAUGGCUUACAGGACAUGCUCCAUCCAUUUGUCCCAGUGUAACUAUUGCAUAUUUCCAGCACCUGUGAGCUGACAAGCAGGUUAAUGAGGCUCGCCGGUUGCGGCCAUCUUGACAACCGUGGCUGUUUAAACAAGCGGCUCCUGGUCCAUGACCUUCAUCUGACAGUAAAGUGAGCAGAACCUCCAUUAGUGAGAUUAAUGUGCUGUAUCUGCCUUAAUGAACCCGCACUAAGAGACACGUUCACUGUGAGUGGACCUUUAUCUCGUGUUGUUAUGCAACUUGUCAAGUCAACAAAAAGCUCUGUGGUGUCCAUGAUGGUGUUUGUGCAGUUUUGCCACCAAUUUAACAUUUUAUAAUGCUGUUAUACCAUGAAUUUUGCAGUUUGUAUGAGUUGGGUUGAGAAUAUUCUAUGUAAUCCGAUCGAUAGACCCAAACAUGAGUGGACAGAAGAGGACUGAACAUGCUGUGGAAAAAUGAAUGUGUGAGCGUGGAAAAACAGAGGACUGCAAUUUAUUAUGUUCUACUUUAAAAAGAAGUAGUAGAUAAGAAAAGAAGGUAUAUUUUAUUAUUGUUUUUCAUUUUCUAUUUUCUAUGUUUUAUACGUGAGUAUUAUUGUGUAUUCUUUUGAUAAACUAGUCUUCGACAAUGAGGCUUUGUUCUGUUUUUGAGUCAGCUGCAGUUCUUUGGGAGAAGUCUGAUUCCAGGCAACACUUUUCACUCUGUUCCCCACAAACUGGAGAACUAAAGGCCUCCAGUUUAGUUCAGUUUAAAGGGAGGUUUUGGAAAAUGAUGCUGCGAUUUCUGAAUACGGAAGUAAUGCAGCAAAUGACCUGGUGCCAUUCACAACAACGAUGUCAAAAUUAUAAAUCAGAACAUCCGCAAUGAAUAUAAAAGUAAAUUAUGUUGGCACAAAUUAAAGAAAUAGACUAAUAUGAUAAGUCAUUCUAGACUGAAGCACGUGUGACCAUUUUUUCUUUCACUAAUUAUUGCUUUUAGCAAGUCAUUUGUAAUGUAUUUUUCUUCUGACGUGAAUAGUAAACGUCUGUAGAAGUGACAGUGAUGCAGAAUUGGCUUUUAUAACUACCGCUCAGCUGAAUUUAGUAAAUGGCUCAUUAUUUCAUCGUUUUCAAGGAAAUUUGUGACACUGUCACACCAAAACUCCGUAGUAAUGAAAUUCUUGUUGAAGACAUUAAACCUGUGAAGCUAAAGCUUUGAGCUGGAGUCAG